AUGUCCUCCACCGAUGUGGCAGGCGUCUGCGAAGGUCCCGCUUCCGAGGAGCACCCCGCUCAGUCACUCCCGGCCAAGAACUCGCCCACCAAGCCCACCGACAUGUCCCCGAGCCCGGCCGACCCCGCCAGCGGCAGCGGCACUAGCCUUUCGUCGAUUGGUUCGCCGGACUCCAUGCCUCCGCUGAUGGUCUCCAGCUCGCCCCCCUCGCCGGUGGACUUCUCCCCCUCGGUCGCCGAGGAGUCUCAGCCCUCGGCAGCGGUCGAGGCUGAUGACGCCGGCGACCUGGCCUCCUUCUCGGUUUUGGCCGCUGCCGAGACCGAGUCGGUGGGCUCCGACUUCGAUGGGUCCCCCCCUGCUCUCCUGGUGGGCGAGGAGGAUCCCGUCCUGCCUGCCGCCGAGAGUACCGACGCCGAGGCCCCUGCGGAGGAUUCGACUCCGAUGCACGUUGAGUCGGCCGAGGUCGAGGCUGCUACCAAGGCCCCCUCGGAGACUGAAGCUGUAACCAAGGGUGAGGCCGGUGAUGUGCCUGAGGCUGGGGAUGUCAUCGUGGCCGAGAUUUCUCAGGAAAAGAUCCACAUCGUGACUGACUCGGCUGUUGUUGCCGAGGUUGAGGAUUCUACCCAGCCCGAGCUCGAGCCCGAGCCCGAGCCCGAGCCCGAGCCCGAGCCGCUUGCCGCCGCAGGUGACUCGGAGAUCGAGUCCGAGUCCAUGCCAGAGCUCAUGCCCGAGCCCGAGGCAGCUGCGUCCGAGGCCGGGUCCAUGCCCGAGCUCCUGGCCGAGUCUGAGCACUCCCCUCUGGAACUUCCUUCCACCGAGUCGGACUCGGAGGAGCCGGAAGCUGUCAUCUCAGCGGCAGUGGCGGAGCCUGCUCCGGCCGAUGUCUCCCCUCCUCAAAGCAACAACGACAGCAACAACGACAGCAACAACGCCAGCAACAACGACAGCAACAACGGCAGCAACAACGGCAGCAACAACGACAGCAACAACGACAGCAACACCAGCAGCCAUACAAACAAUAUCUUCGUGGUUAUUGUUGAUGGCCGUCGAUCGGCCACUUCCCCCCCUGGCAGUCCCCUCUCCCCGGGUGAUGAAGCGGUGGUAUCCGUCAGCGCUGAGGCUUCUUCCUCGGACAACUCCCGCCCCCCGACGCCGUCCUCCUCGUCGGAGUCCUCAUCGUCCCUCUGCUCCGGGACCGAGCCAUCGACUAUCUCGCCGGUCCCCCCGCCGGCCUCGGCCAAGCCUCGGCCCCUGCCGGUCACCCCGUCCGCCAUCACUCUACCCUCGGCGCCGGAUGGGUCUGAUGCCAAUGGCAUGGACCCUGAUGCCACUCUCUCUCUGGCCGAGGAGCCCGGCUCCCCCGAUGAGGGGGCCUCCACCCCGGAACCCGAGCAGCUGAGCCCACUGUUGGAGGUGCCUCCCCAGCUGGGAGCUGCCCCGGUCAAUGUUGACACCGGGUCUUUGGCCGCGGAGCCGCUGCCGGAAUCGGACCCGGUGCUGGCGCCGGCGUCAGGGGAUUCGCCGCCCGACGACCCGACUGAGGUGCUGGCGGAGGACUCGGCCGAACAGCCGGCUGGCUCCGGCAGCUCCAAUGCCGACUCCCGCCCGACCACCCCUCCACCGGCGGCGGUCAGCUCGGCCUCCGGAGCCCUUGGUGGCGAUGCACGUGCCCGGAACCCGAACGGCAUCUCUCGCUCGGAUUUGCACUACGAAAACACCAACCGCUUUGGCUUCCAAGUCGACGGGGAGGACAUCCUUGAUGCGGUGGAGGAUGAGGAGGAGACUUCGCACAAGGCCAUCCUCAAGAACCGCGAGCGUGAAACCAAGUGGCUGACCAUGAUCCGCCAGUGGGAUAAGUUCUACCCGGACAAGCUGGACAAGGUGCGCGAGCGCUGCUACAAGGGAAUACCGCAUGGUGUGCGUGCGCUGGCCUGGGCCGCACUGGCCAAGGUCCCGGAGCUGAAGGCGUCCUACAACAAUCGUGCUUUCACGUCCUUCAUCCCGGAGGAUUUCCGGUCGCCCAUGUCCCCAGCGGCGGCGUCUCUCAGCCGUGCGAAGUCCCAGUCGGAUGUGGCGGCGGCCCCCGGUCAGGCGGCGGCCCCGCAAUCGGCCAACCUGGCCGCCGCGUUGGAUGUCAUCGAGCGUGAUCUCGAUCGGACCUACCCGAAUCACAUCAUGUUCCGGCACUUUGACAGCGAUGGCCAGCGCGAUCUGCGCAUGAUUCUCCGCGCUUAUGCCUACUUCGAUCCGACCGUCGGUUAUUGCCAGGGCAUGGGCCUGGUGGCUGGUAUGAUGAUGAUGAUGAUGGGCCCCGAGGACUCCUUCUGGCUGCUGGCGGCCACAAUCCGCAGUUACCUCCCUGGCUUCUUCGAUUCCAAGCUUUGGGGUGUCCACGAGCAUGCAUUCAUGCUGAAGCUCCUCGUUGCCGAGCGCCUGCCCAAGGUGUCCGCUGUAUUGGACCGUUUCGAGGUUGACAUGCUCAUGUUCAGCACUCGCUGGCUGAUGACGGUCUUCCUCAACUGUCUCCCUUGGCAAAGUGUUCUCCGGAUUUGGGACAUUCUCUAUGUGGAUGGCUCGCGGGCACUGCUUACCGCGGCCAUGGCCGUCCUGGUGGAGCUUGAGUCCGACCUCUGCAAAGCCCCGUCCUUUGAGGUGGUCCUCACCACUCUCAAUCGUCUGCCACCAACGCGCAUGCUCCCGAAAACUCUCUUCAAACAUAUCCACGGUAGGCCCAAGGUUUGCCAUGUUUCCUCCAAGGCCUUCACCAAGCUGCAGGAGAAGGCUCGGGCCCAGUUCGGCGAUCCGACAGCCUGAGUGUGAGAGCCCCCGUCCUUGUGCUGCCUCCUCCCCUCUUCUCCCGGUUCCCAAAUACACCUGCCCUUGAUCUG